AGUUAUGUUUUUGAAAUAAUAAGUUGGUAAUAAUUCAUUUGUAAAUUUGAAGAUGUCAUUUGGUGUUUUGUUGAUAGUUGUGUUUGGAAUUAGCUGUGCAGAUCAAUUUGAGAUUGCAGGUAUGUAAAAACUAGUUAACAGAGAUUCCAUACAGUUUAUUUACAAGCGUUUUAAGUGAGUAAUUAUGAGCUUGGCGAGAUAAGAUUAGAUAAUGUGUAAAUAUUUCCGACGACGUUCAUAUUUUUUUUUUUUCGAAUUGUUAGGCAUCUGGAUGAACGCCCACGUUUGCGGAAUAGUCUAAGUACGAGGAGCAACAAAGCUUUCGGCAGACCAGAUGUCUGGCGUAGUAGUAAUAGUAGGAUCAGAUGUUCUGGGAUCAAUCAAUGGGUGUUGAUCAGUCCCAGAAGAUACUUGGAAGAUUCAUCAUCGAAAGGUCAGAUGGAAGAAUCGAUGCAGCAGCAACAACAACAGCAGCAGCAGCAGCAGCGAAGCAAAGCGUACGAGGUGUACAAGCCGAGGACGACGCCUCUUCGAUUGAUGAGGUAUUCCAUCAACAACGAGGUGCAACAGUUCAGAGAGAACACGCGUCAGCAACACUUGCAACCGAGUCUGCUGCCAAACUACUUCAGCAACAAGACGGACUUCACGAACAUCGACCCGAAGACCAAUUACGACGGUCGCAUGAAGUGAAACAACAAAAACAAAACAAAAUUAUGUAAUUUGUCGAAAUAAAAAGAAACAAAAAUUCCCCGUCCUAAAACAUGAUAUGUAUAUUAUCGUUGUCCUUUCGGUGAUCGAAGAGAGCGCACGUUCGCCAUGACGACACGCUGUUUAUUAAUCACACGCGCACACAUUUUUUGACACAUCCACACCCCCCACAGUAUUUAAAUUCCGUGUAAGAGAAGAGGAGAGCGAAAACACCAUGGCUCUGCGUUUGGCCAGCAAAAUUAAUCGUAACAUUUUAACCACAUUUUCGAAACGCACCGCUUCCUCGCAGCGAUGCGUCUCUGGCGUCGCGCCAGAUAAAAAAGACGAUCAACAGCAGCAGCAGAAGCAGGCGGCGGUGCUUCCACACAGUAACCGGCUCGUCGAACUGAUAGCGCAGCCCUACAAAGUGUGCAGACCGAGGACGACUCCGAUCAGGACAAACCAUUACCAUCAGAAGAUGCAGCCCAUACCAUUCCCUCGUUACGCCGAAGAGAUAUCGGCGAGGACUGCACGUUCAAGGACGGUGGCGCAACGGAUGUCGAUGAUGAACUUGUCGUUGCAAAGCGGUAACCUUCUGGAGGAGCGUGUACCUUCCUCGGACGCCGCGGUCAGGAAUUACUCGACGUGCGGCAACAAGAAGAAAUCGGAGAAGAAGUGCAAAGCCGUCGAGCAGAAGACGACCUGCCAAAAGCUUCCGCUUCAGAACUGCAUGCAAGCGAAGAAGACGAUCUGCCGAGGACGGGAAUACAUUCAUAAACCAUGCGAGAAGAAGCAGGCGCCCUAUCCGUGCUUCAGCGAGACGUGCGUGGAGGAACCGUACAACAAGCCGAGCGAGUGUAAGCUGUGCCCGUGGAAGCCGGAGGAUCAUCCGAACUUUAAACCGACCAAAAAGAACUACCACACCAACUCGGAGAGGCCGAGCAAAUCACCCGGCAAAUUGGAAGACGUCGCCGAGGUGGAUGAAGUUUACGAGGCGAUGAACGAGGUCGUGCAAGAGAAAGAAGCCGAGAGGAGUUUCGAAUGGUUGGACAACCUGCGCAGCGAUGCCGGGAUCCCGUCGAUGCAUCUCGCCGGGAAGAAGCCGAAGACGAGGAAGUGCACCAAGUUCCCAUUCAAGAAGGAGACGUACGAGAUUGGCAAGAAGCAAGUGAAGCCGGCGCCGGUGGACAAGUGCGCCAAGAAGAAGAGGAAGCUGAUCGUCGAUUGUCCGGACGAGAAGGAGGACAAGUGCGCGACGUCGUUGGAGAGGGCGGCGGCGGGAAUGCAGUGCGAGGGUUGUCGCGACGGCGGCGACGAAAGAGACAAGCAUUGCCCGCCGAUCGAUAACUCGCUCUGCGACGAUAAGCCGCAAAAGUGCGUCAAGAUUAAGAAGAAGCCGAAGAUCUGUCCGACGGAUCUGAUCAAGAAGCCCGGGUACUCGCCGAACGAGCAGAACAAGAAAAAUAAGAAGAAGAAGAAGAAGAACGUUCCGGUCAAGAAGGCUUCGAAUGCGCCCUCGUUCGUCACGGCCGUAGAGUAUCCAGCUAUGCCGCAGCCUCCGCGCAUCCAUUAUUAAUGAUGAUCACACACACACCACAAAUAUCCUACACAUUCAACAUAUCCUACACAGCUAUAAAAUAUGUCCGUCAUCCUCAGUCGAAUAAAAUCGGGAAUAUGUCACACAUUAAACUUGAGAUUUUACGCUCCAAUUUAGCCUCGGGAGGAUUUCACGGUGUCGUAGCGCGACAAGUUAUAAUUAAAUUAAGAACGAGUGCGCGAAAAGAAAGGUAAAAUCAGACUGCAUAGAAAGAACACGUUAAAUUGUCGCUUUUCGUUUGGUGUGAACGUUGAUGGUUUUUGGUGCUUUGGACAGGAGGAUUGGAAUGAUUUUGCUAUGGAAACGUUCAUAUAGUUAUUCAACCAUGACAACUGAAAUAACAAAAUACCUGCGAUGAUGGAAAUUCC